AUGAUAGUAAAGAUGAUAGUAAAGACUGUAAAGAUAGUAAAUAUAAGUAAAGAUAGUAAAGAUAGUAAAGAUAGUAAAGAUAGUAAAGAUAGUAAAGAUAGUAAAGAUAGUAAAGAUAGUAAAGAUAGUAAAGAUAAUAGUAAAGAUAGUAAAGAUAGUAAAGAUAGUAAAGAUAGUAAAGAUAGAAAGAUAGUAAAGAUAGUAAAGAUAGUAAAGAUAGUUAAAGAUAGUAAAGAUAGUAAAGAUAGUAAAGAUAGUAAGAUAGUAAAAGAUAGUAAAGAUAGUAAAGAUAGUAAAGAUAGUAAAGAUAGUAAAGAUAGUAAAGAUAGUAAAGAUAGUAAAGAUAGUAACAGAUAUAAAGAUAGUAAAGAUAGUAAAGAUAGUAAAGAUAGUAAAGAUAGUAAAGAUAGUAAAGAUAGUAAAGAUAGUAAAGAUAGUAAAGAUAGUAAAGAUAGUAAAGAUAGUAAAGAUAGUAAAGAUAGUAAAGAUAGUAAAGAUAGUAAAGAUAGUAAAGAUAGUAAAGAUAGUAAAGAUAGUAAAGAUAGUAAAGAUAGUAAAGAUAGUAAAGAUAGUAAAGAUAGUAAAGAUAGUAAAGAUAGUAAAGAUAGUAAAGAUAGUAAAGAUAGUAAAGAUAGUAAAGAUAGUAAAGAUAUAAAGAUAGUAAAGAUAGUAAAGAUAGUAAAGAUAGUAAAAGAUAGUAAAGAUAGUAAAGAUAGUAAAGAUAGUAAAGAUAGUAAAGAUAGUAAAGAUAGUAAAGAUAGUAAAGAUAGUAAAGAUAGUAAAGAUAGUAAAGAUAAUAGUAAAGAUAGUAAAGAUAGUAAAGAUAGUAAAGAUAGUAAAGAUAGUAAAGAUAGUAAAGAUAGUAAAGAUAGUAAAGAUAGUAAAGAUAGUAAAGAUAGUAAAGAUAGUAAAGAUAGUAAAGAUAUGAAAGAUAGUAAAGAUAGUAAAGAUAGUAAAGAUAGUAAAGAUAGUAAAGAUAGUAAAGAUAGUAAAGAUAGUAAAGAUAGUAAAGAUAGUAAAGAUAGUAAAGAUAGUAAAGAUAGUAAAGAUAGUAAAGAUAGUAAAGAUAGUAAAGAUAGUAAAGAUAGAUAG